CAGGCAUAAAAAUAUAUCCACUCAACGACAAAAGUAGCUCCUCUUUUCGUUUCUUCCUAAGUCGACGCCCUCCUCCCCUCUUCCUGAAGUCUUGUAAUCGAUCGAGCUUGGGGUCUUCAGAGCUAGCAAUGGACUUUGUUAGCCCAAUCUUGGAUAUUACAUGCCGAUUAUGUGGUUGCAUCGGUAACAGUAGCAACUAUAUUCGUCAUCUCCAAGAUAAUCUCAAAUCUUUGAGAAACGAAUUGGAAAAAUUGAUAGAGCAAAGAAACGAUUUGAGGAGAAGAGUUGAAAUUGCUGAGAGGCAAGAAAUGCAACGCACCGAACAAGUCAAGGGCUGGCUUCGAAGAGCAGAACAACUGGAGAGAGAGGUGGAGGUGGUUCUCCAAAAGGGUGAUGCUGAGAUCCAGAGAAAAUGUCUCAAAAUUUGUCCCAGAAAUUGCAGGUCUAGCCAUAAACUCGGGAAGAAAGUAUCUAAGAAGCUACAAGCUGUGGCUGAUCUGAAAAGUGAAGGAAAUUUCAGCACUGUUGCUGUAACAUUGACCCCAUCUCAUGCUGAAGAAAUGCCUCUUGAGACUACGGUGGGCUUGGAUUCAAAGGUUAACAAGGUCCUGAGUUUCAUUAGAGAUGAUGAUGGAGUGGGAAUUGUUGGAAUAUACGGAAUGGGGGGUGUUGGAAAGACAACCCUCUUGAAGAAACUCAACAAUGAACUUGCAACUCAGUUCAGUGGAGAGUUUGCUGAGGUGAUAUGGGUUGUGGUGUCGAAAGAUCUAAUUGUGGAAAGGGCUCAAGACAAAAUUGGAGAGAAGUUAGGAUUUCCAGAUGAGACAUGGAGCAAAAAAAGCCAAGAUCAGAAAAGGGAAGGCAUAUUUAGGGUUUUGAAAAGGAAGAAAUUUGUGUUGUUGUUGGAUGACAUAUGGGAGCGACUUGAUCUUCUUGAAGUGGGAGUCCCACUUCCAAACAAUCAAAAUAAGGCCAAGGUAGUAUUCACGACACGAUCUGCGGAUGUAUGUGGCCUUAUGGGAGCUCAGAAGAAGAUUAAAGUGGAAUGUUUGGCGUGGCAGGAAGCCUGGGAUUUGUUUAAAGAUAAGGUGGGUGAAGAGACCCUCAAUUCAAAUCCUGCAAUACUAGAGCUAUCCCAUUUUGUUUGUAAAGAAUGCGCUGGUUUGCCACUAGCUCUGAUUACAGUUGGACGAGCCAUGGCUAGCAAGAGAACUCAUCAGGAAUGGAAUUAUGCAAUAGGCUUGUUGAGGAAAUCUACUUCUGAAUUUUCAGGUAUGGGAGACAAGGUAUUUCCUCUUCUAAAGUUCAGUUAUGAUAGUUUACCUGAUGAUAUAACUAGGACUUGUUUCCUAUAUUGUUCACUUUUCCCAGAAGGUUGGUAUAGUAAUAUUUCCAAUCUCAUAGUUUUCUGGAUUGGUGAAGGAUUUUUCGAUGAAUGUGAUAGAAUCGAUGAGGCUUAUACCCUGGGUCAUGAUAUCAUUGGUAGGUUGAAACUUGCAUGUUUGUUGGAAACUGACGAGUAUGUAGGCGGUAAUUAUGUUGCAAUGCAUGAUAUGAUCCGGGACAUGGCAUUGUGGAUAGUUUCAGAGAGUGGGAGUAAAAAAGAGAAAUAUUUGGUGCAAGUUGAUCUUAAGCUCACUGCAGCACCUGCUAAUUCUAAAUGGGGGGACGCUGAAAGAAUAUCACUGAUCCGUAAUUCUAUUGAAGAAUUAAGCGGAACUCCAAGAUGCCCAAAUCUUUUGACUUUAAAUCUUAGGUUUAAUGCUUUGAGGACUAUUGCCGACAGUUUCUUCCAAUUUAUGCCUGUUCUCAAAGUUUUGGACCUGUCAUCAAACAAAAAUUUAACUCAUUUACCAGAAAGCUUUUUCACAUUGGUUUCUUUGCAACAUCUUGAUCUCUCAAAAACAGGGAUAAGGGAGCUGCCAAUUGAAUUUAAGCUUUUGGUAAAGUUGAAGCAUUUGUUUCUGCGUGGUAUGUAUGGUCUUGUUAUAAUCCCACCGCAAGUUAUAUCAAGUCUUCUGAUGUUGCAAAGGUUGGAAUUGUUUCGUAGUGGUGUUUCAGAGGGAAUAGAUGAUGUAGGCAAUAUAUUCUCUGGAGGUAAUGAACGGUUAUUGGAUGAAACGGAGUGCUUAAACCACCUGUAUGCUUCAAGUUUAAUAGUGAAGAGUGAGCUUGCACUCCAAAAAUUUUCGAGAUCACAAAAGUUACAAAGUUGCACUUUUGGUCUUGACAUUGAGGUAUGCAGAAGCUCAACUUCACUACAACUGUCAUCUCUACAGAAGAACAAUAGACUGGAAUGGCUUGACAUCGGAAAUUGUGGUAGCUUGGAGGAGUUGUCAAUUGAUUGGGCGACUAAGGAGAGAGAUACACCAGUACCUCACAAUCUGUGGGAUAUUAGUAGUAUAAUGGAUGGAAGCAGCUUUCAAAACCUACGGGGAGUCAGGAUCACGAAGUGCAAGGCUUUGAGAGAUCUAACAUGGCUACUUUGCUUGCCAACACUUCAAACUUUACUAAUUUAUAAAUGCAAGGCAAUGGAAGAAGUCAUAAAAGACGUAGGUCGCAGUGAUGAAUUUAGGGAAGGAAGUCUCAACGUAUUCUCAAGGUUACGGAGAUUGACUCUUUAUAAACUACCAGAGUUAAAGAGCAUCUGCAGUCUUCCAUUGCCGUUCCCUUCUCUAAAAGAAGUUCAAGUGUUUGAUUGUCCGAAGCUUAAAAAACUUCCAUUUGACUGCAAUAGUGGCAAAGACUCGCUCGGUGUAAUUGGAGGUCAGGGGGAGUGGUGGGACAAGUUAGAAUGGGAAAAUGAGACAACUUGCUCUGUUUUCUUUCCUAAUUUCAGCUGCCAAGAAGCACCAACAGAAGGUAUGAUCAGAAGGCUCUUUCCCUGGAAACACUGACUAUCUCUAGAACAUGCAUGCUACAUUUCUGUACCCUGUAAAUCUCUCUCUUUCUCAUCUUCUCUCUAGAUCUCUCUCUCUCUCUCUCUCUCUCUCCUGGUCUCUCUAUCUAAAAGCUUCCAUGGCCGACUUGGUGGCUUAUAAAGAGGAGAACCAAGGUCUCCUGUGGUGUGUAGAGCAAGUGCGUGAGAAGAACAGCCAACAUAUAUGUCAGUAUGAGUAAGUGUGUAAAUUGUUAUGUAUCAAUAAAAUUUAUUCUUCUUUGCA